AUGGAGAGUCCAAUAAUCUUUGAUGCUCUAAUCACGGCUCUAGUUGUAGAACCAACUGGUCGUUGGACGAUGGGGCUGCAGGUGACCAUGUUGGCGGUUAUGGUGUUGUCACUGGCGUGGACGCCCCCAACAAGUGGCGCCAGGAUACUGGCAGUGUUCCCGUACAACGGCCACAGUCACUUCGCAAUGGUCGAACCGCUGAUGGUCGCGCUAUCCGAACGCGGUCACCAUGUUACCGUGAUCAGCCCGUUCCCGCGACGCAAAGACAGCGGAGGCGGAGCAGGCCGGUACGUGGACGUGGACGUGUCGGACUCGCUUCCACCAGUCAUCAGCCAGCUGAACGUGACCAAAGAGUUCGGGUACAGCGUCAACCCGGUUACCGGGCUUCGAGACCUGUGCCAAAUGAAUCACCGGGUGUGCGAAGCCACAUUCGAACACCCACUAGUCCGUGCGCUGAUCCACGAUCCCCGCACGUUUGACGUGGUGUUCACCGAAGCAUUCGCCACAGACUGUUUCUCGGCAUUUGCACACGUGUACGACGCACCCCUGGUGUCCAUCCGGACGUCCAACUACUCGCCGCAGCUCAACCGGCGCGUGGCCAACCCGCAGAACCCAUCGUAUCUGGUCAACCACCUACUCACGUACACCGGCCACGGCAUGUCGUUUGCCCAACGGCUGAUCAACGCGCUGGCCACGCACUUCGGCGCAGUCGGAUUCCAUGCCUUCUCCGACGGCCCGUCCACCGAACUGGUCCGGCGGCACUUCGGUCCCGGUACACCACCGGUUCCUGAAAUCACGCGUCGACGCACCGCACUUGUGCUGGUCAACGCCCACCACAGCUUCACUCAGCCCAGGCCAACGGUUCCCAACGCGGUGGAGGUGGGUGGCUUGCACAUCACACAGCCUGUGGAACUUGAAAACGCGGCCAACGAAUGGACAGAUUAUUGCGAUUUGUGCGACCAAGGUGUCAUUUACGUGUCUUUUGGUUCGUUGUUGAAGGGAUCGUCGUUUCCGGUACAGUUCACGACGGCAUUCGUAAGGGCUUUCGAAGAGCUACCGUAUUGCGUGCUGUGGAAAUACGAGGGCGAAAUGAUAUCCACACGAAUUAAAGUGUCCAAGUGGAUGCCCCAACAGCAGAUCCUGAGCCAUAAAAACGUCAAGGUAUUCAUAACGCACGGUGGCCUUAUGGGCGUUAUGGAGGCUGUUCACUUUGCAGUGCCGAUGAUCGGCAUACCUGUGUUUGGCGAUCAGCAGUCGAACAUCGCCGACUGUGUCGCAAAAGGCAUAGCCAUCGGAUUGGACCAUCAACAGAUAACCGUAGAAAAACUGAUCAAAAGCAUACAAUCUGUCAUCAAGGAUAGCAAAUACAAGUCAAAGGCAUCGGAGUUGUCAGCAAGAUUCAGGGACAGGCCGUCAAGUGCACUGGAAACGGCCGUGUUUUGGACUGAGUACGUAAUCAGGCACGGGAAUUCGACCAGCACUGCAUCUCUGGCGAUGGAUUUUGAUUUUUAUCAAUAUUUUUUGUUGGACGUGGUCAGCGUCGGGCUGUCGAUUUUGUUAUUUUUAUUUUACAUAGCGUUCCGAGUAAAAAAAUGUAUACGAUAA